AUGGAUUUUCAAACGUUUUUUGUUUUGAAAAAACUGUCUUGGAAUGUUGUACGAUCUCGAAUUGUUUCGAGGCUCAAUCGUGGCAACCAUUGUAAUGAUUUCAGAAGACUUUUCAGCUCUGAUGUCCCGAAAAAGGAGCCCAUCAUAGCCGCGCAAACGAUCGCGGCUGAUCUCUCGGCGGCGGCGGAGGCGACGGCGGCGGAGGAGGCGGCAUCGCAGAAUGCGGGGCGGAAGUCGCCGUGGCGGUUUCUCAAGUAUGCUGUGGCGGCUUUGACUGGUGCCACUGCUGGUGCUGGUUAUGUUACUUAUGCAUACAGUACGGAGGAAAUAGUGGAGAAGACAAAACCAUUGCGAGAAUCAUUGAACUACUCUGUUGGGGAUGAUGCACCUGCUGUUGAGAAAUAUCGAGCUAUGCUGUACAAUGCUGCUAUGACUGUUCCUGCUAAAGCAGUUGAACUUUACCUCGAUCUGAGGACCCUAGUGGAAGAACAAGUUAAAGGUUUUACUGAACCGACCGAUGAGAAGCUUCUUCCUGAUUUACAUCCUGCAGAGCAGCAUGUUUUCACACUUGUUCUAGAUCUAAAGGAGACAUUGCUUUACUCUGAUUGGAAGCGUGACAGAGGUUGGCGAACAUUCAAACGACCAGGAGUUGAUGCUUUCCUGGAACAUAUGGCAAAGUUCUAUGAAAUUGUCGUGUACUCUGAUGAGCUGAGUAUGUAUGUUGAUCCUGUUUGUGACAAGUUGGAUGGGGAAAAUCAUUACAUACGGUAUAGGCUAUCAAGAGGUGCUACUAAGUAUCAAGAUGGCAAGCAUUAUAGGGAUCUUUCUAAACUUAAUAGAGAUCCGGCUAAGAUUUUAUAUGUUAGUGGUCGUGCAUUCGAGUCUAGCCUUCAGCCAGAAAACUGUGUUCCAAUUAAGCCAUAUAAGCUUGAGACAGAGGAUACAGCACUUUUGGAUCUUAUUCCAUUCCUUGAAUAUGUUGCUCGUAAUAGUCCAGCUGAUAUCAGAACUGUACUAUCAUCUUAUGAAAGAAAAGAUAUUGCAAAAGAGUUCCUUGAACGCUCCAAAGAUUAUCAGAGGCGGAUGCAAGAACAAAGGCAGCAAAGUCGCUUCUGGCGACGGUAAGGACAGAGUUAUGUAAAUGAUAGUCAGGAGAUAUACUUAAAAGAGAUUCAUGUGCAUGUUUGAUGACCAAUCCAAGCAGAUGAAUAUGAGAGGCAUCAUUCAAGAAUUCGUCAAGCCUUUUUCCCUGCAAGACAAUGCAAUUUUCUGCGAACUGACUUAUGAAUUGAUGGAAUUCAUUUUCUCACAUUCUCAUUUAAAAGCCUGAUGAGAAUUGGGCUGUUGACAUCAUAAUUUUUUCCCUGUGGUCAUAUUGUUUGUCAAGAAAAUACAGAAUUUUGGUUAUUAUGUGGUCAUAGUUUUCCAGUAUUAAUAUAAUAAUUUGGUUGUGAGGCGCAGUUAACCAGCAGGAAAUAGGAUGAACAAGUCAAUUAUCAGCUAUGUUAUCAAGUUUUGCCAGUACCACAAUGUUCUUUCUCUUUUAAAUUUGUUUUAACUCUUAUUUACUGUCUUAUUACACUGUUUUUUCUUUUGAA